UUCAGUUUUUUUUGUAAUUAUUCUCUUAUAUAUUUUUUAGGUAUUGGACCUUCAUUCUGUGUUCUUCUUUUGCUUUACAUCGAUUUUGGAAAAGUUUUGGAUUCAGUUUUUCUUUUUUGUGUGUUCUUCACCUGCCACUCUGGGUGGGUCGGCGCAAAAUCGUGUUUUCUUCCCAAGCAUAAGUUUCCAUGGCUGUCGUCAGAGGGAAAUACGGGAGAUUUUGAGCUUAACGAGGAAAAGAGGUCAAUCAAGUUUUGCAAAACUGUCCGAAAGUCGAUGCCAAUGGAGAAUUCACCUCUGCUGCUCGGUCCUAAAGGUCUAAUUAAGAAACACGAAUUUGUUAGAGUUAUUAUUCAAUGUCUUUACUCACUGGGCUAUAAAAAGUCAGCAUCUCAAUUGGAAUCUGAAUCUGGAAUUUCUUACAAAUCAUCGGAAUUCAUGUUGCUGGAAUCCCAAAUCCUUAAUGCGAAUUGGAAUGACUGUAUCACCACUCUUGUUGCACUUGAGGAUUUGGUAGAAGAAAUUCGAGCUUCAGCUUCCUUCUUAAUCUUCAGGCAGUGUAUCCUGGAGUGCUUGAACCGUGGAGACGACUUCUCAGCUUUGGCUCUUCUUAGAAAACACAUUUCUGCAUUGGGAGCAGACAGUGAUAAAGUUUACAAGCUCGUGUCUAGUAUCAUUUCGUCAGAGAUGGAGUUGGGUAGCAUGGAUGAUAGUCAUAUUAGAGAAUCGAGAUGGAGGUUGUUGGAUGAGUUGGAGAGGUUGCUUCCUCCACCAAUUGCAGUGCCUGAGAGAAGAUUGGAACAGUUGGUUGAGAUGACGCUUACUGCUCAGAUGGAUUCUUGUAUCUACCACAACUCGUCUGAUGCAAUUUCACUGUAUGAGGACCAUUGCUGUGGCCGUGAUCAAGUCCCUACUGAGACUGUGCAGAUCUUAUACCAACAUGACAAUGAAGUUUGGUUUGUGCAAUUUUCAAAUAAUGGGGAAUAUUUAGCAUCAUCAUCAAGUGAUUGCACGGCUAUCAUAUGGAAGGUAUGGGAAGAAGGUGGCAUAUCAUUGAAACACACUCUGCGCAGCCACCAAAAUCCUGUUUCUUUUGUGGCAUGGAGCCCUGAUGACACAAUGUUGCUGACAUGCGGCAAUGGAGAAGUGCUCAAGCUAUGGGAUGUGGAGACAGGCACAUGUAAGCAUACAUUUGGUGAACGGAGCCCCAUUGUGAGCUCAUGUGCAUGGUUUCCUGACUCAAAGCGGGUGGUUUGUGGCAGCUCUGAUCCUGACAAGUGCAUCUACAUGUGGGAUCUUGAAGGCAAUGAGCUUGAGGCAUGGAGAGGGACAAGGGUACCCAAGGUCUUGGACCUUGCUGUGACACCAGAUGGUCAACAUCUGAUCAGUGUCUUUUCUGAGAAAGAAAUCCGGAUAUAUAACUUCAAGACAAAAUCUGAGCAGAUCAUUGCAGAGGAGCACACUAUUACAUCUCUUUCAGUUUCCAGAGAUAGUGAACUUCUGAUAGUCAAUCUUAACAGCCAAGAGAUCCAUAUGUGGGAUGUUGCUAGGACAUCGGACAAGCCAUUGAAGUAUAUGGGUCACAAGCAAGGGAGGUAUGUGAUCCGGUCUUGCUUUGGUGGGUCAAAUUGCAGGUUCAUCGCCAGUGGUAGUGAGAAUUCACAGGUUUACAUCUGGAGCCGGAAAAGCAGCAAGCCAAUCGAGAUAUUAUCAGGCCAUUCAUCAACCGUAAAUUGUGUUAGCUGGAACCCAGUAAGGCCUCAAAUGUUGGCAUCGGCUAGUGAUGAUCAGACCAUCCGGAUAUGGGGACCAAGCAGAAAGAAGGAAAACAUUGAGAUAUCAGAGACAUGAAACAGAACCCAUUUCAUGAACCACAGCUGUGUAGAUAGUGUAACGAUUUUUGAGUAGGGUCUUGCUAGUCUUUUUUUGUUUCUGACUCGUUCCAUCAUGGCAUAUUCUUUCAUGUACUUGUAAAUUUUAGGUUUCCUCCUUUCCGUCCCAAAUUUUGAUAUGGUUUUGUAAAUCCUGUUUCUAUUUUAGUGACCUGGCCCAUUUUUCA